AUUUUUUAAUAUUUUUUAUGUCACAUUCUGUUAAUUGAAUUAAAAAUUUGAAAAAAACAUGCUAACUUGCUCAUGUGAACCUACUGUGUUGAUGCUUGUCUGCAAUUUAUCUUCAAGUUGUUUUGAGAAAGGUGUAUCAGCAUUCGUGCCUUUUCAGUCAUAAUUCUUGUUGUUUUGCAGUGUUUAAUUUCAAUUAAACGCUUAUAAAUGCAUGCUUAUAAAUGCGAGAAACGGAUGUCAAAGAUGUCUUCUCUCUCCUGCAGCUUAUGCUGUACCGUACCCGCACGUAGUUCUUUAAUCCAUUUCCAGCAUGAGUUUCCUGGGUCCCGUGGAAGUUCACGUGGAAUGUGAUAUAAAACCUCACCACAAUUAUUUCCUCCUAUUCUAUCUUUGACACGUAAACACUCUUUAAAAACAAACCUGUGCUAUCAGGUAGCGUCACAUGUUGGGUAACCAUUUAACUUAAGUUUUCAAAACAAAUAAUUCCAAUUAUAAACAAGUGAUUCUUUAGAGUUUACAAAAAAAAAUAGUAUGGUAUCUCUUUUAGGGUAUUUUGCGGCGAAAUAUGCUCCCCUGCGUCGAUCUCUGCAGGGCCUCAAAAAGCUACCCCAUACAAAAAGGAAAUUUCGUAAUUUUUGUUAUAUGAUAUGAUUUUUUGGGGGAACCCAGGAUUUCUUUUGGUUAUUUUUAAUGGCUUUUUGUGUAGUAUAUUUCAAGUUUUUUUAUAGGAGAAUUUUUUACGUUUAUUUCACUCGCUGGACGUUUGCCAGUUACAUCGUGACCGGGUGAUUGGCUUUAAUGAAAGAAUCGACCGGAAAAACGGCAAAAAUCAGAAAAAGAAGAAGAUUAAGUCGCACACACGUAAACAAUAUGAACACACAACAAUCCUUAAUUCAAAAGGAAUAUAACAAAAGGUUUAUAAGUAUUGGUAUUAGCGUAAAGUUAAAAUAUUUCGGAAACUACUUUUAUAUUUACAUAAAAACAAUGUGUAAAACCGGAAUUUCGAAUGAUGUUGAACAAUUCACCAAAUCUACUAUUUAUGAAAAAGAAAAUUCUUCGCUAUUAUGUGACUAAGUUCUUCCUAGUACGAAUAAAACCGAAUUUUGAAAAAAUCUUAGGUAUUUUGCCUCAAACGUUUAGGUCGCUCGCACGUCGAUUUAUGACGAAAUCUUUUGUUUCCUUGGGCUAUUUUGGGCGCCUGCUUUCACGAUGACGUUAGAUUUCAUAGGAAAAAGGAACAAUGCAGAGGAUGAAUUUUGUCGUCUGAUGGGUGGUAUAAAUCUACGGAUGCGGCACGCUCUUUCUCUCUGUUGGAAAACAUGUUUUCACAAGUCCUUACUCUCUAUGGCAGCUGGGUCUUCUACAAACAAUAAUUCUUUAAUAGUCAAAACAGCACGUUAUUCGGUACUGAAAAUACAGGUAGAAUAGUAAAACAUAGCAAAGAAUAUCAAUAACUAUAGUAAUUUUAUUUGUAAGGCAUACAGUGUGUACCUACUCGUUUUUCUUAGAUAUCUACUUUAUUAUUUCUCUUAUUAAGUUUUUUUUUCCUAUCCAACAAAAGAUACUAAAUAAACAGCCAUCGUCGCAUUUCAAAAUGUAAUUACUUUUCGAGCAGGUUGCCUAUAAAGCUAUUCCAACGCGAAGUAAACAUUUGUUAUUUACCAUGGACCUGGGGAAAUAACUCUAUUCAUAUGAAAAUACCUUAGAAAUACAUGUUGAUAAUCCCGAUCCCGCAAAGAGGGAAAAAUCCUUUCCAUUAUAAUGCACACGGUUGUUUUUCAUUGGUAUGCAUUCUGAUCUUAGGAAAGUUAGACCUACGCGAACUUAGUUUUUUUUGGAAAAAUGCCGAAAAUUCAUUGAAAUUAGGAAUCCUAUCCUGUUGUCUAAGCGAUUGCUUCCUAGAUAUCUAUCAAAAUAAAUCUAUGAAUGGAAUAAGAGACAUUUAAAGCAGUGAUGAGGUCCUUCCUUCGCCCACUAAAACAUCCCCUUUUAAAAGCUUACCACAAUUAUUGUUAGUCUCAUUCCCCCCCCCCCCCCAAAAAAAAAACUCUUCCAACUAUAAACUUCUUUAAAACAUUUAUUUAUCAACCUCAUCGCCUAUCUAAAUCACUUACUCUGUCGGAUACAAAUGCAACGACAUUUCAUUGGUUGAGAGUGCGGAUUUUCAAAAUGCGAUAAAAUGUUUUUUUUUAUUCGCGCGCAUCUUAGAGUUGUCAAUCAUACUAACUUUGUUUGCAACUGUUACACCAUCGUGCUUUGUUAUGAGUAUAUCCUGUUGUUCUUUUGACAUUUGAAACAAUGAAUUGACAGCGAUGUGAAAGAAUCAGUGAUGUAAUAAGGUUAAGAAAAUAUGAUUAGAAUUUCGGAACCAUUUCAGUUAUGAAAAACCUCCUGUAUUUUUUCUGUUGCUUUGAAGAUACUGAAAAGCAAUACAUGAUGACAGACUUUUAAAACGUUUCAAUCCUUUACUUCAAGUGGUUUUACUACCAUACUUAUGUGAAAGUCAAAGUUGUUUGCUUAUAGUUAGUAAAACUUUGAAAAGACGAUGAAGCAUGUGAAAAAUUCAGCUUCUGCAUAUUUUAGAUUGUCGCAUACCGUAAACCGGCGUCAACACGGCUGAGUUGAAGUGAUACUAUUUCUGUCGUAUUGGCAGAAUAAAUUGUACACUCCUCUUCCGAUACAAUUCUCAGGUCCCCGCUUCACGAAUAUAUAUUUAUAUACCUACAUGACUUUUAGGGAUAUCCAUGUACUAUCAAUGAAACACAACUAUACCAAGAACAGAGUUCUAGGUAGUCCAAUGAUGAAGUUUAAGUCAUAGUGCGUGCGCUUUAAGAGUUUGCAUUAUUUUAGAUAAUUUUGUUAGAGCGCUGAGAUAGUAUUUUUAUGGAUGAAGUGGAGGCGUGAUGCCUUAGAUCGUGUCCAAGCCAACGGCAUCACCACAAAAUCCCUUGUACUACAGGUAUCCUAGCUGACCUGUGGUGUUUAUCGCGUUGUAAGCCGACCGAAAAAUCCACGUGUGUGUCGAAAGACCUAGAUCCAAACACGAAACCAAUCUACGAAAUUUGCUUAUUUUCGUGGCUUGUGCCGAAGCCUGAGACUGUAAUUUGCAAGGGCUGACCCAUUGGCUUCUCCACGACAAUUGCUCAUCGCAUUUAACUCCUAGUAACAAAGGCAAUUUGCUUGCGUGUUUUCAGAGAUGGUCAGCUGUCAUUCUAGUAUAUAAACAGUGGGGUAAUAUUAAAAUUACAUCUAUUGUCUUGCGCUUACUUCUUCACGGCUCCUUGCUUGCGCGCUUAUUAAUACAACCUCGCGCAGCCAAACUGGUCGCAGUAAAACGCAAGCCGGGCAGUCCUGAUAGCAAUCUCGUCCCCAAAUCUCGUCACAGCACUGUUGACAGAUUAAUCGAAGUUUUAUCGAGCCUGAUUAUCGCCCAAGUCAAGACACUUCAUCUUCACCGCUGGCGUCGAUAUCGUCGCUUGGUUAUCCCUCUUGGAUUCAAGUUGGUGCGAUCUUAGACUCUCAGUGGCGUUUCAACGGCGCUGUCCGUGAGAGUAUUAACCCAAGAUAAGAACAUACUAACCCGUACCGGAGUGUUGUUAUCGGCUUCUAAUAAUCCCUGUAGGAAAUUGCCGAGCGAUCUCGGCUGGGGCAUAGAACAGGUCGUGUAAAAGAGUUGCGGGAUUGCUUCCGGGGGAAAAGUCGCUUCACGCUCAUUAAACCCUGAUCAGGCCAGUCCCGUGUGCCCCUAUUAGAAUUGACUAAUUGUCGAGCUGCGCCCUGCGGUGUUCCCUCCUAACCCAUCAAGAAUCUGUCAGUGCCGAUUGUUUGUGAAAAACAGCUCGAUGACUGACACUGUAUUAAAUCUAUUUAACAAGUCUUGCCCGCCCCUUUUAUUGCAUUCUCGCAAACUGCGAGUAUUUAAAUACGAGAGCAGAGCUGUCGAUUCCGAACAAACGGACAUCACAAAUAUCGCACGUUGUCAUUCUUCCUCUGAUCCGUAUGCCCCUUGGAGGCUGAAUUUGAUUUUCGCCAAAACGGACGUCAACGCAUUGGCACUAUAACAAUGCUAGUUCACAAACUGAGUUUAUGCCUAACUCUGGUCUUGGUAGCUUAUGUCUCUGCCACUCCAAUAUUACUAGAGGAUACGAAACGAGACAGUAAAAAGAAAUCGCGGGUACCAAGGGCUACGUUGCCACGAAUUAUACGGACACAAUCUCACUCUCGACCGAGAGAACCUUGGGAGAUAAACGAACAAGUGACCCUACGAGAAGGUAGAUUAUAUGACGGUAGUCCGUUCUUCGAAGGCGAUAUAAUUCUAGAUCCAAAGACUAGAAUGCUAUUGCGAGGAGGGCACUUGCGAAGGCGAAGAGCCGUGAAAAAAGACCCGAGUGUCCGUUGGCCUAACGGAGAAAUUCCAUUUAGAAUUAGCACAAGACUCCCAACGAAAUUUAAAAAAGAGAUCCGAAAAGCAAUCCGUCACUGGAGGCGAAAAACGUGUCUACGCUUUCGAAACAAAAGAGCAGAUGAUACGGACUACAUAAAAUUCGUCUACGAAACUGGUUGCUGGUCUUACGUUGGACGCGCUGGCGGAGAGCAAAAGAUAUCUGUAGGUCCCGGAUGUGAGUUUGUCGGGACUAUUAUUCAUGAGAUCGGUCACGCAAUCGGGUUUUGGCACGAGCAGAGCCGACGGGACCGCGAUGAUUACAUCAGAAUCAUACGAGAGAAUAUCUUACCAGACGCCCUUGAUCAGUUCAAUAAGAUGCCUAAAAGAUUGAUGGACUCAAUGGGCUACGCGUAUGAUUUCUACUCAAUAAUGCAUUAUGGAGCCAAAUUCUUCAGCAGGAAUGGAAAACCCACAAUCAAAAUACGAAAGAAAUAUCGCGACCUUGACGCUAAAAUAGGCCAAAGGAAGGGCUUGUCGUGGAUAGACAUCGCACAAGUGCAUGCAAUGUACAACUGCAAUAGAAUUACAGAACCAGAAAGGUGCUUCAACAGCACAACAAGGGACGGUCGUGAUUACCGCGGUACAAUGAACUUUACUGCCAAGGGCGUAACAUGCCAACCUUGGAACGAACAAUGGCCGCACCAACAUACGGAAAUGGCAGACCCCCUGGUGGCUGCCAGGGAAGGACUUGGCAAGCAUAACUAUUGCCGGAAUCCAGGGGGGCGCAAGCACCGUCCUUGGUGUUAUACAACACUUGAGAAAACAAGAUGGCAAUACUGUGAAAUCCGAUCCUGUCGCAAGACCAAGUCUAAGCGAGAGGUAUGAGAAACAGUGCUUGCAGGGCGUUGUAUGACAUGUGCUAACAAGGCGUGGUCAUCGCAUGUGGACAUGGCUCGAUAGCAACAUGUACACUUGCGAAUAAGGCAAGUGUGCAAACCAAGCUUGAUUACACACGUACGAACAAGGCUUGGAAAGACACUUACGAAUAAAGCUUGGUUGCAACACGUGAUGAAUAGGCUUGGUUACAAAUGUACAAACAAGGCUUGGUUCCGCACGUACAAACAUGGCUUGGCAACACACGUGCGUACAAGGCUUGGUUACAACACGUGAUACCUAGGCUUGGUAACAAAUGUAUGAACAAGGCUUGGUUACACACGUGCGAACAAGGCUUGGUUUCAAUACGUUAUUCAAGUGCGUGAUGGUAUUGGAUGGUAUUCGUGGAACUCGUGUUGCGAUUUGAUUGCAAAGCUACUAUGAUGUCAUGAACCGAUUAAAACACGUAGGAAUAAGUUGUCAUCCUACUUAUUAUGUCGAUAUAAGUAGGUAUUCCGUGCAAAGAAAACCCUGCAAUGCAAGUGAAAUCAACGAGUUUGCCUCUAUAGCGUACGAGAUCCUUUACCAAGCAACACGCCAUUUCCUGUCAAAAUAUUGUAUGACGUCAGAAAUAGAACCAUUUUACGUCAUAAAUGACGUCACUAAUGAUUGAGAGAACAAUGAUACACAUAGUAGACGUCAUAUUUGUCAUACUAUCAGGAACAACACAAGAAAAUAACCCAGACCAUAACUGGAUCAAGAUUAGUAUUAUAUUAUAUAUGAAUAUAUGUUGAUGUAUAUAUGUAAAUAACAACUGGUCUUUUUUAUUUAAAACUAUAUGUUCGUCUUAAAUUCAUUGGUGGCUGUCAUUCGGUUUUUAUAGUAAUUUAUUGUUUCCUGAGGUAGAGUGAUUUGGCAAACGUCCUUAUUUUAUCAAAUAUGAUUUCUGAUUAAGAAAAAAAGCGAAAUAAUAAUAAUAUAUGAAACUACAUGGUCUAAAAUGCCCUCCAUCUUGUCAUAGGUUAUUAUUAGGCACCAUCGAAUGUGCACAAUUUAGUAGACUGAGCUACAACCUGGUUUUUAACAUCGUCUUCGUAAAACCAAUGAUUUUCACAAAAGUUCCUUUAGUGUUCAAGCCUGGUUUUCACUAGUUUUGGUUCUACGGAACUUUGGUCACAAGAUUAAUAAACAUGCGGGUAAAAACCGUGCUUAAAGCUCACUUGAAUAUAAGGGGAUACACGAAUUAUUUUUAAACAGUUUUUCAGUUCCUUAAAAAAACUUUGACUUUUCUCUUUUGAACAUAGAUAUUUAUAUUAUAAUAUAUAUUAUACCAAGUGUAUAUCAGUGAAAGUGCAUAUUAUUAAAGUAAAUAAUACGAAGCA